AAGCCGCCGCUCGCUGGGCCUCCUCGGCCUCCGGCGCCGGAAUCGGCCUGCAGUCCCGACUCGAUGGCUGGGCAAGGCCGAGGCUGUGUAGGCCUCGGGUCCUGACGCCGCCGAACCCGCCGAGCUCCCGCCCGACAAACCGCCCGGGGAAGGGGAUGGAGCUGGCGACGCAAGGCCCGCGCAUGCGGCCUGCCCCUCGGGUGGGCUCCUGGUUCCGGCCGCCCUUCCUUCGGCGGUGGCACGCCCGCUCUCCCGAGUUCCCGACGCCUUCCUGUCGGGGAGACCGCGGGGACCCCGCCGCGCUGCCCGCCUCCGCUCUGCCCGAGCCUCGGACCAGGUACUGGGCCAGACUGCUUUCCCAGCUUUUUGCCCUCCUCCCUUGCUUGCUCCAGAAGCUGUUCGUUUGGAGCCAUCUUUUCGGUGGCAUGAUUCCGACCAGAUGGCUGGAUCUCGUAGCAAAUUCCAGCGCCCUGAGAGCCUUGAGAGGACGGGAGGAGGCGGCCGGCCCCACGGUGCAGAAACCCUUGAGUUCACUGCAGCUGGACUCUUCGGGAGACUUGGUGCUCAGCCCCCUUGAUUGGUUAGAGGAGGGACUCCAGUGGCAGUCCUCACCCUCAGACCUGGAGUUGGAGUUGAAAGCCCAGGCAAGAGCUUUGGACCCUGCAGCGCACACUUUCCUCCUGGAGCGGCUGGAGUUGUUGCCCAGUAGUCUUCCAGCCGGUCUAGUCCCCCACCGAGAACUUGGCCCUUCUCCCCCUGGGCCUCUGGACGCCCAGAGCCUAGGCGGUUUCAAGGUAGUUUCCUAUCUACUGAACCCUUCCCAUCUGGACUGCCUUCCCCCGCUAGAGCUGCGCUGUCCCAGCAGCGUUGGAGCUGGCCAACUCGUGGAUUUCCGAACGCUCCCCCCAGAGAACUGUUGCCGUUUUGAAGGUGGUUGCCACCCGCAGUCUCUGCGUGCAGAGAUCUCGGCAACCGCGUGGCAGAGAUAUCCCCCUCUUUCCACAGAAGGCCUGCCCGAAAUCCACCACCUUCGUAUGAAACGGCUAGAAUUCCUUCAGGCCAACAAGGGGCAAGAGUUACCCACCCCUGAGCAAGAUAAUGGCUACCACAGCCUGGAGGAGGAGCAGAACCUUCUCCGGAUGGACCCACAACAUUGCACAGAUAACCCAGCCCAGACUGUGUCUCCUCCUGGAGCCAGCCCGGAGCUCACUGAGAGAAAAAUAGACUUGUUGAUUGAAGAGGUUUCCCACAGCCCCCAGGAACCCGUGGGAAAAGAGUGUGAGGCGAGCCACACUAGUGUAGCUGACUGCUCAGACGGAGACGAUGACCUUCCUGUCUCUGCCAGACCAGUUUGUAGCAACAAACUGAUCGAUUACAUUUUGGGAGGCGCUGCCAGUGACUUGGAGACCAGCUCCGACUCGGAAAGUGAGGAUUGGGACGAGGAAGCCGAGGAUGAUGGCUUCGAUAGUGAUAGUGAUGGUUCUCUGUCGGAAUCAGAGGAGGGACAGGACUCUGAAGGGCUUCACCUUUGGAACUCUUUCUACAGUGUAGAUCCUUACAAUCCCCAAAACUUCACAGCCACAAUUCAGACUGCUGCCAGACUUGUCCCUGGAGACCCGUGUGAUGCAGGGAGGUCCUUGUCUGCCAACUCCGACGUAGGGGCUUCUCAGGCCGGACUCCUUCCGGAGACUCCCGGGCACAGUUCUGGGGAGGAAGAGGAUUGGGGAUCCAGUGCAGAUGAAUCGGAGAAUCUUAGAUUGUGGAACUCAUUCUGCAACUCUGAGGACCCCUACAACCUUUUAAAUUUCAAGGCUCCCUUUCGAACGUCAGGGAAAAACUGGGAAGGCUGCCAGGACCCCAAAGCACCUUCUGAGGCCAUGGCUGCCUUUUCUGGGUGUCACACCUUACUUUCUUGUAAGGUACAAGUGUUAGAGAGCCAAGAAGAUAACUGUCCAGACUGUGGGCUGGGUGAGGCCCUUUCUGGAGAAAAAUACACCCAUAUCAAAAGAAAAAAGGUAACCUUCCUUGAAGAAGUUACUGAGUAUUAUAUAAGUGGUGAUGAGGAUCGCAAGGGACCAUGGGAAGAAUUUGCAAGGGAUGGAUGCAGGUUCCAGAAACGGAUUCAAGAAACAGAAGAUGCCAUUGGCUACUGCUUGACAUUUGAGCACAGAGAGCGAAUGUUCAGUAGACUGCAGGGACACAUUUCAGGAGACACACUGUUGCUCAUUGAUGUUAAGACGAGUGAACAGCCUGUAGCCCUGGCCCACACUCUCUCUUGCUUGAGAGGGUUCUCCUAAAAACAGAUAUUGGCAGCUGUCCUUGGACAUGUUUUUAAAGAAACAGCUUGUAUCUAGUGAUGUAGUUGAAUUAUUUUUGGGUAAUAUGUCUCAUUAGAAACACCAACUCAGAUAAUGAAGGAUCUUUAAUCCUCUCUUUUCCUAUUUAGUUGGAUGUUGUUUUUGUGUUUUUGAGACAGGGCUCUCACUCCAGAAUUCUGGUUGGCCUGGGUCUUUGUGUGUAGACCAAGCUGGUCUUGAAAUUGGUAUCUUCUUGCCUUUGCUUCCUGCCCCACCAUGCCCAGGUGGAUGUGCUUGUAUCCUCUGCCUCCUUGAGGGUGGGAAAAGGAACUCUCUUUAAGUUGUUACUUUGCAUUUAGAAAACUUCUGGAGGCAGAGAGCAUCUAGGCUCACAUAGUGGGCUCCAAGCCAGCCAGAGCUGUCUUAGAGGACAAACACAACAAAAGGUUGUUUGUUUGUUUUGGUUUUUUAGAGACAGGGGUUCUCUGUGUAGCCUGGCUGGCCUGGAACUUGCUCUGUAGACCAGACUGGCGGCAAACUCACAGAGAUCCACUUGCCUCUGCCUCUUAUCCUGAGUACUGGGAUUAAAGGCCUGUGCCGCCAUGCCUGGUAUAGAAAAAAAAGUUUCUUCCCAGGCCUGUAACUCCAGUUACUUUGGAGACUGAGCAAGAGGAGAUGAAAUUCAAGGUCUUCCUGGGCCAUAUAGUGAAUUCAGGGCCAGCAUGGCCUUACCUUAUAAAAUGAAAAUAGAAAAGGAGGCUGGGAUAUUGUUAAAUAGCGGAGGGCUCUUGCCUGCUUGUGCAAGGCUCUGGGUUCAAUCCCCAGUACUACAUAUUGGGUUCUAUUUUAAAUUAUGCAUUCCUGUCUACAAACUUUUCCUGUUCUAAAGUGAAUGCUCUUUUGGUUUUCUGUAUAUAUGUAUAUGUGUAUGUUUUGAGGUGGGGAAUUGAGGCAUGGUCUCAUUGUGACCUUGAGCUCAUGGCAAUCCUUGAUUUAACCUCCUGAGUGUACAUAUAGUGCGCACACACACACACACAUAUAUGUAUAUGUAUGUAUGUAUGUAUGCAUGCAUAUAUAUAUGUGUGUAUACAUACAUACAUAGGCUAUGCUUGCACUUUUUUUUUCUACUUUCAUAGAUUUGACCUAUUUACCUUAAGGCUAAACCUAUUGCACUUGUUGUCAACUUAAAAGACAUUGUUGUAUCAUUUGGGAUUUCACCCCCUUUUUUUCCUUCUCUUAAAGAAUUAGUCUUAUGUGGCCUCGGCUAGCCUUGAACUGAGUACUUAGCCAAGGAUGACUUUGAAAGAUUCCCUUGUUCUCUUGCUAGAAUUUCGUAUGUGGUGCCACAGGUCCAGAUUUUUUUCUGUACGUCCAUUUAGGGUAUUUCCAAGGACCACCACAAACCCUCAAGUGCAGUACUUUCUUGACUGAGAAAGCUGUGUUGGUGUGCUUCUUAAAGACUACACUGUGAUACCCAGCUGGUCUGCCAAACCUUAACAUCUAGUGUGUUUGAUUUGUUUGCAAACUGUCCAUUUGGAAGGUUUCUGUGUUGUAGUUCCUGUUGAAUGUGACUUUUUAGCUUUCAGUGGGUAGGAAUUGUAAAGCAUUCUAGGAAGUAAUCAUUGCAUUGUACGCAAUUUUUUUUAAAAACUUAAAAGCCUAGAAUUUUCUUAGGAGGAAUAUGCAGACAUCUCAGAAAUUCAGUUUUGUUUUAUGUACCCUUAACAGAAAGCCAGUGUUACUUAAUACCCUGCCUCAGCACCUGUCACUUUUAAAACCUGCCAUGGUGACACUGUAAACUUGGAUUGGACAUUUCUGAAUUCUUAAGUGUGAAAUGUCAAAUAUAAACUUCAAUGUCCAGGUUUCCUGCUCUUUGAGAAAAGCAUGGAGUACAGGUAGAACAGCCAGAAAGUCUUAGUGUCAUACCCAAGGCUUGCUUUGAAUAGUCUGCACUGAUUAGUGUGCCUGCUUUAUUGAGUUAGUUUUAUUUGCUGUGUGUGUGCUAGGUUGAGGUACGUUUAAUCACCUCUUUAGUGGUCAGUUCUUACUGUGCCUCCUGCCAUGGGUAGCAGGAGCACAAACAGGAGAGGUUUGCUAGAUUGAUGGUGGGGAUGGAUUUUCACAGAAGAGCUCACAGCGUAACUACCUCAGUUUAUGAUCUCCCUGGCCAUUUCCGUUGGACAUGCUCUAAGGUUUGCCCCUGGUGGUGACAGUGACAAUGUUCAUUCACACACUAAGAAUAAAGCACCGGAAAAGUUGGUCUGAGUUUUACAGAGCCCCAUUCUCUGUAGUUUGUGCACGUGUGUUUCGUGAACCCAGAGUGCAUUGCAGUCUGGUAUAGUGCUGUGGAAAUGGGCUAGUUAGGAGCUGUGUCGUUUGGAAAGCAGGCAUGUUAACUUAGGAAGAAAAAUUGUGACAAUAGACAUUGUUUCACAGCCAGACUGCAGCUUAGCAUUUGAUUUCAGACAUUUAGCUGUGUUGUGUUUGAGACCCAGCACCUGUAUAUUUGCAAAGGGAUGAGACUACAGAAGUACAGAAUGUACAGAACAUUCCUUGGGUGUUUAAAAAUUGUUCCAGAUUCCACCUUCCCUAUCUAAUGAGUAAAUGACUGGUUAAAACACUCUGGUGCACUGCCUGCCUGCAGGCAUGGUCAGAUGGUGGCAAGGACAGAAGGAUCUUUACAACAUUAUUGUCAUCCCAGUCCCAGAUGUUAAGGCCCCUCCCAAGGAAAGGAGACCGGCGAGGCGAGGCGUGGAGGUUUUAGCUGCAUAUUCCACAUUCCAGCCUUGCAGUGGGGCUUUAGGGAUCUGUGUAGCUUGUGAGAGGGAGGCUCUGUACAGACGCGGGUCCCCACCUCCCAGUGCUGAGUGGGACAGCCCUUCAACUGGAACUUGCAAUCAAAACUGUCAGAUUUUAUUUUUUAUAAUUUAAGGAAGGUGAAGUUUGGGAACAAGAUUUUUGAGUUGGCUUCUUCAGAUCAAUGAUUUUAAAAUGUAACUAGUGGAGAUUUUAUAGCUCAGAUUAUAUUUGUAUAUAAUUAUUAACUAAUCUGUCAAUUGUAAUAAAUAUAUUUGCAAUUAUUAAA